AUGUCUGACUGUAUCAGUCCCAAGUGUUAUGCCGACAUUGCUCGGGAGAAAUCUCCCAGUACUUCCGCUUCGCGCAUCGAAAGCCCUGAAAACCGGUCGGGGAGCCCACGCGUCGACACCCACCGCGUCGUCACUGGCAGCGUUGGCAACGCCAACCGCGACGUCGUUGCCAACAACCCAAUCAACGCCAGCCUCACCGACGUCAGCAGCACCAGUGCCGCGAACGCCAACGAUGCCAACGCCGACGCGGACACCGACACCGACACCCGUCAUAUCACCGCGAGGGACCUCGAGCUUCUGUGGCUUGAGUCUGCGUGUGUCGUGAUCUUCUGCGAGUUUGGCCACGAAGAAUCCGUGUCAUUUCGGAGGAGAUACUAUGCUGAAAAUAAUAUCACACCUCCGAGCCCCUGUCCGAUUAAAGAGCCUGAUCCCACCGGGCCCCCCUCAGUCCAUCCGCAACCUGGCGCCUUAGGUGAAAGCGAGAUCAGCUCGCUUGACAUUGGUCCCGAGAUUGGGACUGACAAUCCGCCCACACCGCCGUCUCUGCGCGGGUCCACUUUGACAAGUCUCUCCCACAACGUGGACUUUGCCCGUACCGCGGGACCUGAGCUCGUGUCUGGUCCCGGAGACGACUCCAACGGACCAAGUGAGCACCAACGCCUCGAGAGCGAGACCACUCUCGUGUUCCCCGCCCACGACGAGCUGCGCCAGCCUCCCGACCCGGAGCAUGAUGACCAUGGUUGCGGAGAUCGUUUCUCCGACUGCGAAAAUGGCACUGAAUAUUUCAGUGAGGAGUCGAGCCGACGCAUUUACUCGCUCUCAGUUCCAAACUCGCCCACGCCGAGAACCGCAGUGUCUCGCCCUGCUCUCUUUCGCUCCAUGAGCUCAUUCGGGGGCAUGGAUCCAGAAUUUUUCGCCAUGCGUACCGCUCAUCAGACAAGACAAACCGGGGAACGAACGGAAAAGGAGUCCAGCAGCUAA